CAAAGAUGGCGGCGGGCUCCGAUUUGCUUGAUGAUGUUUUCUUCAACACAGAGGUGGACGAAAAAGUAGUAAGUGAUGUAGUGGGAUCUCUGGAGUCUGAACUAACUGGAGCAGGGCCCACCAACACAACGACCAGGGUUCAGUUUGCAGCAAAUCACCUCGGAAACUCAGCUGUAAUUAGUCAUUCCAAUGUUCAGUGCAGCAAAAUGGGACUUUCACAACAAGAGCUCGCUAAAGCAGGGACAGGAGUGCAAGGAGGUGUCAUUAGCAGUACGGGGUCCCCGGGUUCAAGUAUGGAUGGAGCCGCCGGGAACGCAUCGAGUAUGACAGCCGCUCAGACUCAGCCUAAACCGGGGACAGCUAGCGGAGUCGUUACGGUGGUAUCGGGUGCAACAUCUGGUGUGGAUAAACCUGCAACUACUGCUGUGCAAACUCUGAAUGGAAGUGCUGUGUUGAUGAACUGUCAUGUCACCGGAGGCAGUAGCGGCAAAACCUCACAGUCAGCUGUCACACUUGUAAACAAUGGACCUGUUUCUGCGAGUAGAGAAGGCGCAACAGUUUUGUCUGCAAAUACUAUUAUACGAACUUCUUCGACGAGUGCGCAGCAUGUUGUGAAUUCGUAUCAGCCAUCAGUAAAAAGUGUACCCACUGUCACGCUUGUGAGGCCACCUAUGCAAACUCCCACUAACCCGUCUCACACCGUUUUAACAUCACCCACUAGCACGACCGGCUCGCUUAUCAACAAAUUCGACUCCACAAAAACUAUAAUGCAGGCUGUUGCGACAGGGACACCAGCCACCAUGAGGAGCCCGACUGUUUUGCAAAAUGUGAGGACUUCAGUACCUUCAACAAUCGCUGCCACUCCUCCUGCUGGAAUACGAGCUAUUGCUCCACAGGUUUUGGCCCCACGACUCACCCAGCCCCAACAAAACACUCCAAAUAUCCAAAACAUCCAGCUCCCUCCAGGUAUGGUUUUGGUCCGCAGUGAGAGUGGGCAGCUGCUGGUGAUUCACCAGCAGACCUUGGCUCAGAUGCAGGCUCAGACGCAGUCCCAAAGCGCCAUGACCCCCCGACCUGCAGCCCCCUCCAGCUCUCCGCCUGUCCAGAUCACUUCUCUUCAGGCUCCGGGCGCGUCCCUGCUGCCUCGUCCUGUCCCCCCCACCACCACCAUCAUUAAACAGGGUACCACAGUCCAGACAACUGUAGCAGCCACCACCACACUGCAGAGGCCUCCAGUACUGCAGAACACCAUCAUGCUGGGAGGAACGUCUGCCUCCACGGGACCGCCGAUAGGAGCCCCCACCCCGGUGCAGCCUGGAUGUGCAGUUACACAGAGGGGGACUGGGACCCAUGUCACUCCAACAGCUAUCUCAGCUGAGACCCUGGAGAAUGUAAAGAAGUGUAGAAACUUUCUGUCCACGCUGAUCAAGUUGGCCUCUAGCGAAAAACAGUCUUCUGAGACUUCAGCCAACGUGAAGGAGCUGGUCAAGAACUUACUGGAAGGGAAGAUGGAGCCUGAAGAUUUCACCAGUAGGUUGUACCGGGAGCUCAACUCCUCGCCUCAGCCGUACCUUGUGCCUUUCCUGAAGAGGAGCCUCCCAGCGCUGCGUCAGCUGACCCCAGACUGCGAGGCCUUCAUCCAUCAGAGCCUGCUGCCUCUGCCCAGCAAUCACCCUGCAGCCGCCUCCCUCGCCGCCGUGGUGCUGAGACCCCCCCUCUCCACGGCCCCCACCAUGGCCACCAGCACCGCCGGGGCCAACACUACAGUCAUCAGCCUCACUCAGACUCCUCACAGUAAACCUGCACUGGUGGUGCCACGGCAACAGACGAUAGUGAGGCCCCAGGUGACUCAGUCUCCCAUGGUAACAGUCAGAGGACAAUCCCAUAGCCGGAUCAUUGUGGGCCAGCCGCAGAUGGUCAAACCGCUCCAGACAGCAGUCAGGCAGACGUUUACUCCCGUGGUCAGUCAGACGCCUCUCAGUGCUGCUCAGAGGCUCAAGGAAGCAGGAAGGGGAACCUUCAGGGAUGACGAUGAUAUCAAUGAUGUGGCCUCGAUGGCAGGAGUCAACUUGUCGGAGGAGAGUGCCCGUAUCUUAGCAACCAAUUCUGAGCUUGUUGGCACGGUGACACGGUCCUGUAAGGAUGAGGCCUUUCUCUCCCCCUCGUUACUCACCCGGAGAGCUCUGGAGAUUGGUAAGAAGUUCGGUGUCAGCGAGUUGGGGACAGAUGUGAUAAACUACAUUUCCUACGCCGCACAGCAGCGACUCAGACACCUGCUGGAAAAAGUGUCACAAGUGGCGCAGCAUAAAAACAUAACCUUCAAGGAGGAAGAGCGCUGCGAGCAGGUCAGCGAUGUGCGAACCCAACUUAAAUUCUUUGAGCAGCUGGAUCAGAUGGAGAAGCAAAGGAAGGAAGGGCUGGAGAGGGAGAUUCUGUUGAAGGCUGCUAAGUCUCGGUCACGGCAAGAGGACCCCGAGCAGCUGAGACUCAAACAGAAGGCCAAAGAGAUGCAGCAGCAGGAGCUGGCUCAGAUCAGACAGAGAGAAGCCAACCUAGCGGCGCUGGCAGCUAUCGGCCCGAGGAAAAAACGGAAAAUGGACUCUCCUGUUAGAGGAGCCAGUGCUGAGGGCUCGGGGGCGGGCCCCUCUCAGCCCGGCGGCUCCGGUGCAGCGAGCUCCAGACAGUUUAUGCGACAGCGAAUCACCAGAGUCAACCUCAAGGACCUGCUGUUCUGUCUGGAGAAUGAAAGAGAGACCAGUUGCUCUCACCUGCUUUAUAAAGGCUUCCUCAAAUAGCACCUGCAUUUAAAAGACUAGUGUCGCUCAGUGGCAUUAAGGAAGCUGAGUUGUUUUGUCAGAUCGGACCCACUCAGCCGGUUCUUUCUUUGAUCUCCCCGCUGCUGAAUGAAGAGUCGUCUGUGUGUGGGUGGAAAACGAUCUGGAACAAAGAGCACUCGUCUUCUUUUAGAAGCCUCUCUUCAAGCAAAGGUCUUUUGUAUUUUCAGAGGUGCAAAUAUUUGAGUUCAGCCCUGAUUUCAGUGUGCCUCUCAGCUCGGGUAGCUCUUUAAAAAGCAGUUGCCCCAAACUACACUCCAGUCAUACACUGCCUCAAUUGAACGCAGCAUCUCAGACGCAGCAAUCCUCUGUAGAGUGGUUCCAUCAGCCUGAUUUACAAACCUGCGGCAAUGUGCUAACUGUCUGUUGGCGUAGACUCUCUGUUUAUUUAAGUUCCUAACAGGGAUUUUAAUGAAUCACACAUUCAUACUAUAUUUGAUCACAGCCUGUGGAUUGUUUUCCAUAGACUAACCUCGACUAGCCUUGCCAUCUGCUCAGUUGCCUUCUUAACAAACGAAGCCAUAUUAGAACGUGUUGAUCAGCUUCAGUAACUUCGUCUAUCCAUCAGCUCUCUCUCCUCUUUGUCCUUUUGUUGCAUGCUCUGUUUCUUCUUUGCUUGAUUGGAAGCAAACAUGACAGUUGAUUUGUCAUGUCUGGUGCAUGAUGUAAUCAAAGGUAGUUGGUAUUUGAACUCCCGCCCAAAUGUUUUCAGUGAGUUCCCAACACAGUGGUUGAAAGCAAAAUAAUACAAAGACUACAUAUACUUUACAUUUCUAUCAAUCAUCUCUAGAGCACAUCGUACUGGUUGGGAUUUGUCCCAACUUUGCAGCAGUUGACGAUAUAACAUUUAACUACAAGAACUGAAACUAGUGUUAAUGUUAACAUCCACUCCUAACUGUAUUUCUGCGCUGCACUUCUGGUAUGUUAUUGUAUGGGUAGCAAGCUUGUCAUGCGUUGAUAUUCAAGAGCCGGGAGAGGUAAUGAAAGAUUUACAUUCUGAAAAUAGUUUGGCCCUGUGUAAAUUGUUACGAGGAAACUAUCGAGUAAAUGUUCUGCCCUUCAUUAGUGUCAUAUAAAAGGUGAUUGUCUUUUCAAAGAAGGGUGUGAUGUUAAGCUCUUGCUGAAAUCUCUUUGGGGAGGAUGUUCACUGUGAAGGAUCAGCACAUUUUAGAUUCUGCUUUUGUGCCAUAAAAAGAUGAUGUAAUUGGAUGGCUGAAUAGAUCAAAAUGCAUUGAAACUAGUAUGGUGUUAUCGGAAAAGAAUAUGCCUGUAAGUAAUGUCAAGUAUCCUGGCUGUGUAGCUCAUAGGUUAACAUGUGAAUUUUAAAUUAUUGAGUUUGGAGAAAUUAAUGCGAUUAAUGUUAUUGAUUACAGUCAUUUAGGGGAAUCAGACAUUUUCCAAUGAGUUGUUUGUCAAAAUGUUUAUAUUUAUGAAUAAUUGAGGAUGGACUGCACUUUGACAGGUCACUUUUCUAAAACUAAUGAACCAGAUAAGCAUACCCACUUUAUACCUUUUAAUAUUUUUAAGUGCACAUACUAUUUGGGUCUUUAUAUCUUUGUCAUUUUAUGAGAGAAUGUAUAUGAGCGUGUUUUAUUACUGUAUAUAUUUAAGUUUGCUAUUUGUAGGUUUAUCGGUUGACAACUUCAAGAGUGUGUCUUUUAUUUGUCAUAUGCAGUACAGCAGUCUGCAGUAGAUAUGACAAUUAAGACUAACAUGUUAUACUUUACUGCCAAUAUCUUGUACAUUUUGCACAGCCACUUGUUUAUAUGUAAAUAUUUGAAUUUGAAUUUGAAAAAAAGUUUUGAAUUGCUUUUUUACAAUGGAUUGAGAAUGAUCUCUAUUAAAACAAAAAGAAA